CGAAGAAUACCUGCAAAAUGAGCGCACGAUUGCCGCCGACCGUCGAGUCAGUUGUCAUCGAUUCCGGGAAUCUGUUGUCUCUCGAAGACCUCAAACGAAAGGUCUCAAUACAUCCCAACGAAGAGUUUGCCGAAGGGAUCACACGAAUCGUCACCCAAUGGCAACCGAACGGUGACCUCAAGCCGGACACUAAGACGGCGUUUCUGGCCAAUGGACACAACCCGUCGUCGGCGACCGUAUUGUCGGCCGAACGGCAAACCUAUAGAAUAACAGUCAAACUGUUUCUAUUCGACGACUGCGGACACGACUGUCCAUCGCUGCGGUCGGGCGUCGAUGUGGUGCUCAAACAGUUGGGCAUUGAGUCGAUCGACUCGUUGAUCGUGUCGUUGCCGUCGCGGACCACAAAACUCUCGUUAGACGAUAUCAAGCCUUUCUGGACGUGUGCCGAGACAUUCGUGACGGACGGCAGGGCCUCGCAGUUAGGGGUUUCCGAUCUCGACACUAACCAAUUGGCGGCGCUAUACGAAUGGGCGCACACAUCAAAGCCCACCACUAAUCACAUUAAUCUCGAGGCCUGUUGUGUAAUACCCGAAGAGAUGAGCGCUUACGCCAAACAGCAUAACAUUCAAUUGCUUACGCAUAACGACCCCAAGGACUUCUUGCCUGAAUCGCGAUUCAAUGAAAUAAUGUCUCAUUUGGUGGACCCGAACGAGAGUAAGCUCUGGAAGCGGGUGUGGAUCGCGAGGUAUUCAAUAAUAGUUGCGGGAAAAGGCAUUUUGCAAAACAAGGGCUACAUCUUGUCGGCCAAGAAAUGCGCCCAAAACUAAAGACAGCCACUAAUCGACACCUAUUAUGUCCUAAUGGAUGAGAUUAAAAGUAAUCCGUUAAACACAACUACAAUAUUUUAUCGCAAAUUAUUUGUUAAU